AACAGAUCAUGGAAGAGGCUGUUACCCGAAAGUUUGUCCACGAAGACAGCAGCCAUAUCAUCUCAUUCUGUGCUGCUGUGGAGGCAUGUGUGCUGCAUGGCCUGAAGCGCCGGGCAGCGGGUUUCCUUCGGAGCAAUAAGAUUGCGGCGCUGUUCAUGAAAGUGGGGAAGAGCUUCGCACCCGCAGAGGAGCUGUCCCGGAAGGUCCAAGACCUGGAGCAGUUGAUCGAGAACGGAAGGACAGCAGGGCGGAACCAGCUCCAGGGUCUCCAGGAGAACGUUCGGAAGCUCCCCAAGCUGCCCACCCUGUCCCCCCAGGCCCUCAAGCACCUCUGGAUCCGCACGGCCCUGUUUGAAAAGGUCUUGGAUAAAAUUGUGCAUUACCUGGUAGAGAACAGCAGUAAGUACUACGAGAAGGAAGCUCUCCUGAUGGACCCCGUUGAUGGCCCCAUCCUGGCUUCUUUGCUAGUGGGCCCCUGCGCACUGGAGUAUACCAAAAUGAAGACAGCAGACCAUUUCUGGACGGACCCCUCCGCUGACGAGCUGGUCCAGCGGCACCGAAUCCAUAGCUCCCAUCUCCGCCAGGACUCUCCCACCAAGCGUCCAGCGCUUUGUAUCCAGAAGCGCCAUUCCAGCGGCAGCAUGGACGACCGGCCCUCUCUCUCUGCCCGGGACUACGUGGAGUCAUUGCAUCAGAAUUCCCGGGCCACUCUCCUCUAUGGCAAGAACAAUGUGCUGGUGCAGCCGAGGGAUGACAUGGAGGCUGUUCCUGGGUACCUGUCUCUGCACCAAACUGCUGAUGUCAUGACCCUGAAGUGGACCCCCAACCAGCUGAUGAACGGCUCUAUGGGAGACCUGGACUAUGAGAAAAGUGUGUACUGGGACUAUGCUAUGACCAUCCGCCUGGAGGAGAUCGUCUAUCUGCACUGCCAUCAGCAGGACAGUGGUGGGACGGUGGUGUUAGUGAGCCAGGAUGGGAUACAGAGGCCCCCGUUCCGGUUUCCCAAGGGGGGCCAUCUGCUACAAUUUCUCUCGUGCCUGGAGAAUGGGCUGCUACCCCAUGGCCAGCUGGACCCCCCGCUGUGGUCCCAGCGAGGAAAGGGCAAAGUGUUUCCGAAGCUCCGAAAGCGGAGCCCUCAGGGCUCCUCAGAAUCUACAUCUGACAAGGAAGACGAUGAAGCCACAGAUUACGUCUUCAGGAUCAUCUACCCCGGCAUGCAGUCAGAGUUCGUGCCCCCGGACUUGAUUGAUACCUCUGUGAGCAGCCUGCCUUCCAUGUGGCAGCCCAGCCCUCGGAAGUCGUCCUGCUCAUCCUGCUCCCAGAGAGGCUCCACGGAGAGUGGAGCAUCCAAUGGAUGUAAUCACGAGAGGGCUCCUCUGAAACUCCUCUGUGACAACAUGAAGCAUCAGAUCCUCUCCAGAGCCUUCUACGGUUGGCUAGCCUAUUGCAGGCAUUUGUCCACUGUGAGGACCCACCUAUCAGCCUUGGUCAACCACAUGAUCGUGUCCCCGGACCUGCCCUGUGAUGCCGGCCACGGCCUGACCGCGGGCAUCUGGGAGCAGUACCUGAACGACAGCACGAGCUACGAAGAACAGGAGCUACUGCGUCUGAUCUACUUUGGGGGGAUUCAGCACGAGAUCCGCAAGGACGUAUGGCCCUUCCUGCUGGGCCAUUACCAGUUCGGUAUGACAGAGGCCGAGAGGAAGGAGGUGGAUGAUCAGGUUCACGCCUGCUAUGAGCAGACCAUGGCAGAAUGGUUGGGCUGUGAGGCCAUCGUCCGACAGAGGGAGAAGGAGUCCCACGCGGCUGCCCUCGCCAAGUGUUCCUCGGGCGCGAGCCUGGACAGCCACCUCCAGAGGAUGAUGCAUCGGGAUUCCACCAUCAGCAAUGAGUCUUCUCAGAGCUGCAGUUCAGGAAGACAAAAUCACGUCCGUCUGCCAAGCGACUCCAGUAACAGCACCCAGGUGUUUGAGUCCGUGGAUGAAACAGAGCAGGUGGAGGUAGACAGCAGGCAGGAUGACAUAAAGCAGCCCAAGGUCCCCAAUGGGACGGUGGUUAAUGGCACCUGCUCCCCCGACUCUGGCCAUCCCUCUUCCCACAACUUCUCCUCGGGCCAGUCCGAGCACAGUCUCAGCACAGAAGACAGCGUCAUGGAACCCCUCAAAAACACCCCGCCACUGGCGAGGCCUGGUGGACCCAGUGCCCAGGAUGGCCAUGAGCUGGACACUGCCACCCAGCCUGGGGACAAGGCCCCAAGAGAGGAGCUGGCCAUCCAGGACAGCCUGGAAGGGGACUUUCUCACCAAUGAAAGCCUGGACGAGUUCAUGUCUGUGCCUGGGAGCCUCGACAUGGCCCUCCCGGAGAAGGACUCUUCGGUGGUGGAAAGCUGGGUGGGCAGCGAGGCAGAGAAGCAGAGCCUGGUGGAGAGUGAGGACACCCUGUCUGAGGAGCCCGAAAUGGAAAGUCUCUACCCCCAGCUGGAAUCACUGACCGUGGUGGACUCCACAAUCACCGAGGCCUCCCCAGUGUCUUCUAGUGGAGUGACGUACUCGCCAGAACUGCUAGAUAUGUACACAGUGAACCUGCACCGCAUUGAGAAGGAUGUCCAGAGGUGUGACCGAAAUUACUGGUACUUCACCCCUGCCAACCUGGAGAAACUUCGCAACAUCAUGUGCAGUUACAUCUGGCAGCACAUCGAGAUUGGUUAUGUGCAGGGCAUGUGUGACCUCCUGGCCCCGUUGUUGGUCAUCCUGGACGAUGAGGCCCUCGCUUUCAGCUGCUUCACAGAACUCAUGAAAAGGAUGAACCAAAACUUCCCCCACGGAGGCGCCAUGGACACCCACUUUGCUAACAUGAGGUCCCUCAUCCAGAUUUUGGACUCAGAGCUUUUUGAGCUCAUGCACCAGAACGGCGAUUACACGCAUUUCUACUUCUGCUACCGCUGGUUCCUCCUGGAUUUUAAGAGAGAACUAGUCUACGAUGAUGUCUUCUCCGUCUGGGAAACCAUUUGGGCUGCCAAACACGUCUCUUCCUCCCACUAUGUCCUUUUCAUCGCCUUGGCCUUGGUGGAGGUAUACCGAGACAUCAUCUUGGAAAACAACAUGGAUUUCACAGACAUCAUCAAGUUCUUUAAUGAGAUGGCAGAGAGGCACAAUACUAAACAGAUCCUGAAGCUCGCCCGAGACCUCGUCUACAAGGUGCAGACUCUGAUCGAGAACAAAUAGAUGGCCAACUUCCCGUGGAAGUCCCUGCCCGAGGCUUUGUUCCAUCUUCUUUCAUCUGGAGGUGUCCACACCCUCAAGAAAGACUCUGGGGCCUGGCCAAGGACGCAGGCUGUGCUGGCAGCGUCUGACGGCGUCUCCAGUUCAGAUACGUGGCAGGCAGCGGAAUGGUUUGUCCCUUUGUGCAACUUUGUGCUUAUGUGUUCAACCAAAGAUCUCCAAGUCAGAGUCAGUCUCUUCUAGGGGCAGGAAGGGGAUGACUGGAA